UGAUGGCCGGCUUCCUUUUCUCCACCCAGUCCUCGCCCCCUGUGGCCCCCCCAGGUCGGCCCGGCUAGGGGAGGGGGCGGGGGCCCUUUCCUGGGCCAGCUUCCCCCUCCCCCGGCUUUGCCUGUGCCCCCCCUUCCGUUUUCACCUUCCUCUCCUCCUUUCCUCUCUCCUUCCCCUCCAUUUGCUCCUUCCCCCUCUCCUCUCUCCCCUUCUCUCCUCCAUUUUCUCCUUUCCCCUUCCUCCCCCUCCCCGGCCCGCCCUCUCCUCUUCCACCUGUCCUUCCUCCCUGCUUCUGUGGAGCCACCGUUUUGGAUUAGUUGGGGGCCACCGCCAGCGGCGGGGGAGGGGGCCCUGUGGACUGCCCUCUCCCCCCGCCCAGCCCCACCGCCACCCAGCGCCGGAGCACCUCCCGCUGUCGGUCCUCGGGCCUCGAGGGAGCCCAGCCCUCCGUCCCACCAGGAUCCGUGGCAAGUGGGGGCCGCGGCAGCUGCGUCCCCAUGAGGAGGGGAGGAAGAUGCCGGCUGAGCUGCUGCUGCUGCUGAUUGUUGCCUUCGCCAGCCCCAGCUGCCAGGUGCUCUCAUCACUGCGCAUGGCUGCAAUCCUGGAUGAUCAGACAGUGUGUGGCCGCGGUGAGCGUCUGGCCUUAGCCCUGGCCCGGGAGCAGAUCAACGGGAUCAUCGAGGUCCCAGCCAAGGCCCGAGUGGAAGUAGACAUCUUUGAGCUGCAGCGGGACAGCCAGUACGAGACCACGGACACCAUGUGUCAGAUCUUGCCCAAAGGGGUUGUGUCUGUCCUCGGGCCCUCCUCCAGCCCAGCAUCUGCCUCCACUGUGAGCCAUAUCUGUGGAGAGAAGGAGAUCCCCCACAUCAAGGUGGGUCCCGAGGAGACACCCCGCCUUCAGUACCUUCGCUUCGCAUCUGUCAGCCUGUACCCCAGUAACGAGGACGUCAGCUUGGCAGUCUCCCGAAUCCUCAAGUCCUUCAACUACCCCUCGGCCAGCCUUAUCUGCGCCAAGGCUGAGUGCCUGCUGCGAUUGGAGGAACUGGUGCGUGGCUUCCUCAUCUCCAAGGAGACGCUGUCAGUGAGGAUGCUGGACGACAGCCGGGACCCCACGCCACUGCUCAAGGAGAUCCGUGACGACAAGGUGUCCACCAUCAUCAUCGAUGCCAACGCCUCCAUCUCCCACCUCAUCCUCCGUAAGGCCUCAGAACUGGGAAUGACUUCAGCGUUUUACAAGUACAUCCUCACCACCAUGGACUUCCCCAUCCUGCAUCUGGACGGUAUUGUGGAGGACUCCUCCAACAUCCUGGGCUUCUCCAUGUUCAACACAUCCCACCCCUUCUACCCUGAGUUUGUCCGCAGCCUCAACAUGUCCUGGAGGGAGAACUGUGAAGCCAGCACCUACCCAGGCCCUGCGCUGUCAGCUGCACUGAUGUUUGAUGCCGUGCACGUGGUGGUGAGCGCUGUCCGAGAGCUGAACCGCAGCCAGGAGAUCGGUGUGAAGCCGCUGGCCUGUACAUCGGCCAACAUUUGGCCCCAUGGGACCAGCCUCAUGAACUACCUGCGCAUGGUAGAGUAUGAUGGGCUGACCGGGCGGGUCGAGUUCAACAGCAAAGGGCAGAGAACCAACUACACCCUGCGCAUCCUAGAAAAGUCCCGGCAGGGCCACCGUGAGAUUGGGGUGUGGUACUCUAACCGCACCCUGGCCAUGAAUGCCACCACCCUGGACAUCAACCUGUCGCAGACACUGGCCAACAAGACGCUGGUGGUCACAACCAUCCUGGAGAACCCGUACGUCAUGCGGCGGCCCAACUUCCAGGCCUUGUCAGGGAAUGAACGCUUCGAGGGCUUCUGCGUGGACAUGCUGCGGGAGCUGGCCGAGCUGCUGCGCUUCCGCUACCGCCUGCGGUUGGUGGAGGAUGGGCUGUACGGGGCGCCCGAGCCCAACGGCUCCUGGACAGGCAUGGUUGGCGAGCUCAUCAACCGGAAGGCAGACCUGGCUGUGGCCGCCUUCACCAUCACAGCUGAGCGGGAGAAGGUCAUCGACUUUUCCAAGCCCUUCAUGACCCUGGGGAUCAGCAUCCUCUACCGAGUGCACAUGGGCCGCAAACCUGGCUACUUCUCCUUCUUGGACCCCUUCUCCCCUGCCGUGUGGCUCUUCAUGCUUCUUGCCUACUUGGCUGUCAGCUGUGUCCUGUUUCUGGCUGCCAGGCUGAGCCCCUACGAGUGGUAUAACCCGCACCCAUGCCUGCGCGCACGCCCCCACAUCCUGGAGAACCAGUACACGCUGGGCAACAGCCUGUGGUUUCCCGUGGGGGGCUUCAUGCAGCAGGGCUCGGAGAUCAUGCCCCGGGCGCUGUCCACGCGCUGUGUCAGCGGAGUCUGGUGGGCCUUCACCUUGAUCAUCAUCUCCUCCUACACGGCCAACCUGGCCGCCUUCCUCACCGUGCAGCGCAUGGAGGUGCCUGUGGAGUCGGCCGAUGACCUGGCAGAUCAGACCAACAUCGAGUACGGCACCAUCCAUGCUGGCUCCACCAUGACCUUCUUCCAGAAUUCACGGUACCAAACGUACCAGCGCAUGUGGAACUACAUGCAGUCGAAGCAGCCCAGCGUGUUCGUCAAGAGCACAGAAGAGGGCAUCGCCCGCGUCCUCAACUCCCGCUAUGCCUUCCUGCUCGAGUCCACCAUGAAUGAGUACCACCGGCGCCUCAACUGCAACCUCACCCAGAUUGGGGGACUCCUCGACACCAAGGGCUACGGCAUCGGCAUGCCGCUGGGCUCCCCGUUCCGGGAUGAGAUCACACUGGCCAUCCUGCAGCUUCAGGAGAACAACCGGCUGGAGAUCCUGAAGCGCAAAUGGUGGGAGGGGGGCCGGUGCCCCAAGGAGGAGGACCAUCGAGCUAAAGGUUUGGGCAUGGAGAACAUUGGUGGCAUUUUUGUCGUACUCAUCUGUGGCCUCAUCAUUGCUGUCUUCGUGGCGGUCAUGGAAUUCAUAUGGUCCACACGGAGGUCAGCAGAGUCCGAGGAGACCCUGGCUCUGCAUCCAGCUGCCUGCCAGUGUUCUGCACUUGGCUCGAGGACUCCUCUGAAGGAGCUGUCCAUGCUGCUAGUAAAGGUGCCCUCCACCUGUGUCCAGGUUGCCUUCCCAAGGACAUCCCUCCAGCAAGUCUCUCCUUUCCUCCUGCAGCAUCAGUUAUCCUCUCUUUAUUGGAUUCAGGCCACCGACAUACAAAUGGAGAAAUGUCAUUUCUCCAGCCUUAAGAAACCCUCUCCCGACCUCACUUUCCCUCCCAGCCACCACCCACUUUCUCCCCUUCUCUUUACAGCCUUGGCAGCAGUGGGGGGUCUCCCUGAUGUUUCCAGUUUCUUCUUUCCUCCCAUUUCCUCUUCCCCACUCCAGUCUGGCAUCUGUCCCUGUCACUCCACUGAAGGCACUUUUGUCACCAACAACUUCCACGUCUGA